AUGGUUCAGUUCAAUUUUCAAGCGCCAUGGGUACCAAUACUCAACAAUUGCAUUAGUAAUGAACUAGUAGCAACUAAUAACAAUCCACCAUUUACCACUUUCCAAUUGGCAACUAUAGAUCCAAAGACUGGAUAUCCACAAAAUAGGACAUUAAUAUACCGAGGUUGGCUAUUUAAUAAUAAAUCUUCCAACGUAAUUACAUUCACCACAGACAGGAGAAUGGAAAAGUAUCAAGAGUUGUUGCAUAAUGAUAAAGUUGAAGCGGUUUUUUGGUUUAGUCAUAUUCGAAAACAAAUUAGAUUCAGGGGGAAAGUGAGAUUACUUGACUCUGAGCAUCAGCCUAGUAUCGAUUUAAACCAUAUAAAUAGCGGUGAAGUAACACCAAUUGAAUUAGACUCCAAUGAAGACGGCUCUAGAGCUCGUGUUCAAAAGCAACCGCUUCAAACCUCGUUAUUAUCUCCUUCAUUUGCUGAAAAGGAUAAUACACAGGAAGACAUAACUAUAGGUCAAUACGCCCCACCAACCAAAGAAGAAUGGCAACAGGAAUUAGACAGGCAGUGGAAUGAAUUGUCCAAAGCGUUGAAAACUUCGUUCAGGAAGCCAGAACCAAAAUCGCCAAUGACGGAAGAAAAAGCCAAAUUGAUUAGUAAGAUACAGAGAGGUGUUGAUGGGAAAAAGGAAGAGGAUGGGUACAAGAAUUUUGCCGUAGGGACAAUCUUUGUCAACUAUGUCGAUUAUUAUGAACAAGAUAAGGAUAAGAGGUUUGUUUAUGAGUUGGACGACGAAAGCCAUACUUGGACCGAAGAAGAAGUAUGUCCGUGA